AUGGCCUCCCCACCACCGGGACAGCCCCAUCUCGUUUCUCUAGUUCUACAGUCCAAGAAAGCUCUUCAACACGGCGAACAACUUUGUUCCAAGGUCAAUAGUCUUUCAAACGCGUCUGCACAAUGUUCGGUAGACGUGCUUGCACUGGACGCGAAGGUUAAGUGGAUCACCGAAGCCGUCCUUGAGCAGCUCAAGCUUGCAGCGAAUGUUGCUAAGAGUAUCGAGCACAAACGCGCCCAGCUGGACAAGCAAGUUAAGGCAUGGGACGCUGUACGAUCGCAACGUACUGAAGCCCUCGACAAUAUUCUUGAAUCUCUCGGGGCACAGCUAGUACCCCCUGGUUUCCACCAGACCUCCUCUGGUUCUUCCCUGUUCGGAAGCCAGCACUCCAUUGAUGGCAAGAAUGGCAAUGAAAUGUUCAAUGCACAGCAGAGCCCUUCCGCUACUGUGCGGGAUAACUCAUUCGACCGCCACGGCAAGAACGCAGACCGGACUAAGUGGAAGACUCUGCGUGACUUCGUGGACGAGGGUGCUAUUGAAAAUGUGCUGGAUACACUAGAGAGCGAUAGAACAAGGCUAGAUGAUAUUAUGGCUUCAACGUAUGAUUACCCAGAAACACUCUCAGCUGCUAUCUCAUCCAUCCGCGAGUCUCUCCCAUCGUCUAGUGACGUGCCUUCAAUAGAGGACAUAUUGAAUGCACAGCAGCAGCCUUCGGAGCUUAUGGCACGCCACCUCAGUAGUCUUACUUCCCACUAUGAGCAGAUGGCGGACGCGUUGAAAGAAAGCGAAGCUGGAGAGAUAUUCGGCGAGGAGGACUUGCAAGACAUGAACCGUGAUACCGAAGAGCUACCUUCUAUCAUGGCUGAGCUAGAAGAACAAGCAUUCUCGAUCGAGGGCGCUCACCAACAACUAGUCACAGCAAAGACAGCUGCCCAAGAACGAUUAACCGCACAAUCCAUGACUCUCAAUGACCUCGACGAGCUAGGUGAAAUUAUGUCUGACAUGUUACAGAAGCAACAAGAUGUCGAGAAUGCGUGCCAAGAACUCCUCGACGGGCUCCAGCAGCAACUUCUUGUCGUCGAAGACCUUCAUCACCGUUUUAUCCAGUACCAAACGUCAUUCAAGAAACUCCUUGUUGAGAUCGGGAGGAGAAGACAGUACAGAGAAGCAGCAGAGAAGAUUGUAGAAGGGAUGAUAUCGCAGCUGAGGGCAAUGACUGAAGGUCAGCUUUACUCCUUUCAUUCCGAUCGCUUCCUGAGAAUAGUUACUGAGGGAGUGAUAAUGUUUUCAGAAGAACGACAGGUAAGAGAAGAUUUCAAUGCAGAGCAUGGGUUGCAUAUCCCAGAAGACAUCUGCUUGUGCAUCGAGAAUCCACCAACGAGAUGGGAGGUUGUGCCUCGGGAAGGUGAUAUGCGGGAAAGCCUGCCUGAGGUAGAAAGUGAUCUCCUGGCGCAGGCAAAGGAGAAGCUAGCCGCGGUAGAUGUGUCAUCAGCGGGCGCUGAAAGCGUAUAA